AUUGUUUGAGUAAAGAAAAAUACCCAGGUUUGACAGGGGUAGUUAAUGAUAUAUUUUUGGUGGGACUGAUGCAUUAACAUUUUAUAUUCUUGAAGUGGUCGACUACCUAUAAAAAAUAAUACGUAUUCAAGCUUCUUGGACAAGCCACCACAACGGAGCAGUCACAUGAAAAUUAGCCUACAUGUCCUUAUAAGAGAGAAACAUAAAGCCAUUUUUGCUCAAUCUGAACAGAAGAAGAACAUGCGUGUGUUUGUCAUCUGGAUAUUUUUGCGGUUGUGUUCACUACGGGAUGGUGCCGCUGGUCAAGGACAAUCCACUCCGGCUAUAUGUUCGUCCUCAUGCAGCUGCGACGAGGACGGAGGCGCGGAUUGCUCUGGGAAGGGUCUGACCACUGUUCCAACUGGUCUAAGCGCCUUCACCUACUAUCUUGACAUCAGCAUGAAUAACAUCACAGAGCUCCCGGCAUUCGUCUUCAAGAACUUCCCCUAUCUAGAAGAACUACGACUGGCAGGAAAUGACCUCUCAUUCAUCCACCCUGACGCUCUGUCUGGACUGCAUCAGCUCAAAGUCCUGAUGUUGCAGAAUAACCAGCUGAAGACUGUUCCAAGUACAGCUCUAAAGAACCUCUACUCUCUACAGUCUCUACGUCUGGAUGCCAACCACAUCACGACGGUGCCUGAGGAUAGCUUUGAGGGCCUGCAGCAGCUCCGCCACCUCUGGCUGGAUGACAACAGCCUGACGGAGGUCCCAGUGGGCCCCAUGAGACACCAGGCUAACCUGCAGGCUCUCACCCUGGCACUCAACCGCAUCACCCACAUCCCCAACAAUGCCUUUGCCAACCUCUCCAGUCUGGUGGUGCUGCAUCUGCAUAAUAACAGAAUUAAGGAGAUUGGGGAGAGCUGCUUCACGGGGCUGGAGAACCUAGAGACGCUGGAUCUUAACUUCAACAACCUGAUGACCUUCCCAGAAGCAAUCCAGGCUCUGCCCAAACUGAAGGAGCUUGGAUUUCACAGCAACGACAUAGCAGCCAUACCUGAGGGAGCCUUCCACAGGAACCCUUUGCUCCGCACCAUCCACCUGUAUGACAACCCCCUGUCCUUUGUGGGAACUUCAGCCUUCCAGAACCUGUCUGACCUGCACUCCCUGAUGCUACGUGGAGCCAGUAUGAUGCAGGAGUUUCCCUGUCUCACUGGGACUAACAACCUGGAGAGUCUCACUUUGACAGGCACAAAGAUUGCUGCCAUACCGGUUGAGCUCUGUGAGGAUCUCAAGGUGCUGUGGACUCUAGACCUGUCCUACAAUGAGAUUGAGGAGCUGCCUUCCUUCCAGGGCUGUCUAAAGCUGCAGGAAAUAAGCCUGCAGCACAACCACAUCCAGCAAAUCGACAGGGACACCUUCCAGGGUCUGUCUGCCCUGCGCUUGCUGGACCUGAGUAGAAAUGAAAUUAAAACCAUCCACAGAGAUGCUUUUCUCUAUUUGACGGCGCUAACAAACCUAGACCUGAGUUUAAACUCGCUGACCAGCAUUCCAACAACUGGACUGAGUUCCCUGAACCAACUGAAACUCACAGGAAACCUGCAGAUUAAAAAUGUUUUUACUGCAAAGAGCCUCCCCAAACUCAGGUCAGUAUCAGUUCCCUAUGCUUACCAGUGCUGUGCAUUUGUGGGAUGUGAUUCUUCAACAACUUCCACUGAUGAGGAGGACAUCAAGAAGGUUACAGGUGGAGAAGAAGUGGAGAGGAUAUCACUGGUAAUGCACUGCUCUCCCUCUCCAGGAGCCUUCAAGCCCUGUGAGCACCUCCUGGGCAGCUGGAUGAUCCGUCUGACCGUGUGGUUCAUCUGCCUGGUGGCUCUGAUCUUCAACACCCUGGUGCUGGCAGCCACCUUCUCCCGCCGGGCCUCGGCCCUCUCCCCUGCCAGACUGCUGGUCGGCCUCCUGGCCCUCACCAACCUGCUCACUGGGGUCUAUGUGGGGGUGCUCACUGUCCUGGAUGCUGCCACCUGGGGCUCCUUCGCUGAGUUUGGGGUCUGGUGGGAGACGGGGGUGGGCUGCCGGGCGACAGGUGCCCUGGCGGUGUUCUCCUCAGAGUGGGCGGUGCUGCUGUUGCCCCUGGCGGCUGUGGAGCGCAGCGUGGCGGUGAGGGGGCUCCUGGGGAAGGCCAUCUCGCCCAGGAGGAGCAGCGAGAGGGGGGUCUGGGAAAGACGCUUCGCCCUGGCGGCUGCUCUCCUGGGGCUCCUGGCGGCUGCAGCAGCCUGCCUGCCCCUCUUCAGUACCAGCGACCCUUCAGCCUCCCCUCUCUGUUUACCCUUCUCUGGCGGUGAGGGCCCUGCGCUGGGGGUCACUGUGGCCCUGGUGUUGCUCAAUGCCCUGGCCUACCUGUUCACAGCAGCAGUGUACACCCAGCUGUACUGUGUCUUGGGCAGGGCGGAGCUGGCAGACCAGGAGCAGGCAGGGGCCGUACGCCACGUGGCAUGGCUCAUAUUUACCAACUGCAUCUUCUUCUGCCCUGUGGCAGCCUUCUCCUUCGCCCCUCUGUUGGCCAGGUCUGGCACCGCGGGGGGCCCUGAGAUCGCCAAGUCCGUUACGCUCAUCUUCUUCCCCUUGCCGGCAUGCCUUAACCCCGUGCUCUACGUGUUCUUCAGCCCCGCCUUCCGGGAGGACUGGCUGCGGCUGCGGGGCCAUGGAGCUGUGGCCCGGGGGGUGAAGGCUGGUCAGUGUGCAGGGGGCUCUGGGGCUGUGGACAGGGACUCCUCUACAAGGCUGGGCUAUGACUGUGGGGUGUACUCCCAGCUUUGUGGGGAAACAGGCGUGUGUGAGCGCUGCGAGGCGGCUCUACACGCCAGGACAUCUUCCUCCUCAUCAUCAUCAGUCUGCAGACACUUGGUGAAGUCCCACAGCUGCCCAACCCUCUCGGCUGGUGCAGCAGCGUGCCAGCGUACGGAGGGCUACUGGGCAGACAGCGGCACGCCCUCAGCCCAGUCAGAGUACGCUGACGAGGGGGACUCGUUUGUGUCUGACAGUUCAGACCAGGUGCAGGCCUGUGGACGAGCCUGCUUCUGCCAGAGCCGAGGGCUCCCUCUGGUCCACUACGCAUACAACAUACCUCGCAUCAAAGACUGAGAAACUCUACAGCUGUGUGUGUGUGCAUCUGUAUUUGUUUGUGUGUGUGGGUUGGACACUAUAUAACAAAAACAAACUGUUUUUGAUACACAACAAAACAUGUGCAGGGUCCCUGCACACAAAUCAUUCAGGAAGCACUUCUUUAAUCACUGUGUGAAACAGACUCAAACAUCACAAAAGUGAAUCUGGCAUUGAAUUAGACUUCUUUGAGCCCAGAGACUUUUGGCCAACACUUGUUUUGCCCUUCAGGAUUUAGAACUGAUUCCUGUGUGUGAUAACACCAAAACUGGCUGUCAAAUAUGUAACAAAAGAGGAAACCUUGCCACCUGUGCCUGCUUCUUGGUUUAGAGCGAACUCAUUAUCAAGAUGUUACAAGCCUGAAUUCAUCUGUCACGUCUCUUGCUAACGCAAGGAUCUAUGUGCCAUCCUUUUGUGGGUUCUACCUGUAGCUAGCUAUAUGGUUCCUUAUUGUGUGAUAUGUUGUCAUUCCCUGGUCUUUCGAUUUUAAAGCCUUGCCAUAAUUUCUAUAUGAGAAUGUAAAGUAACUGAAAGGAGAAUUGUAUGGCAGCGGUUUUAAAUUAAGGGGUACUGACAAUGUGUUAAAUAUAAUUCAAAAGCUGCAUUUUCAGCCCUCCCAAUGUGAGGCAACUGAAUCUCCAGUCUGAAUCUGUUCAUGUAUGUUCAUAUGCCCUGUAGUACAAGACAAUAACUUAAAUGUUUAUCAUCUUUGACAAUAAGUGUCAACAAUUCUUCCUCGCUAUGAGUGAUAAAGUCUUGAAUGUCACGUGGGAAUGGAAGAGAGCACUGUUUUAACAACAGUCUUCCCACUAGUUGUGGAGAGUUUUAUGACUUGUUUGCUUUGUCUCUUGGACUGAAAAUCAUUUCGGUGAACUGUGCUUUCCCCCCGGAUCAUUCUAAUUUAUUGCUUAAAGAGGAGCAGAAUGUCCGGGCCACGGACAAGGUUAUUUCAGGUGUCAGGAAGUUGGUCUUUGAAAGGUGAAUGCAGCAUGUACCAAGUGCAAGCUGAAUGUUAAUGCCACACAAAGGCCUUCAUUUCUGGAUUGUUCUCUGAGACAGAUUGCAUUGUAGUUAAAGCUCGCUUUUCUUUCUCUUAAAUUGGACAUAAUUAGUGCUCACAACCCAGUCAUUAUGAUCAGGACGCUCACAAUCCCACAUCUCACCAGUGUAAUGUAUAUCAUGGUAUAUAUUAUGAUAUAAUAACAACAAUAAAUGUAGAUAAUGUUUCACUAUGAAACAUUUUAUUGGAUCAGGUGUGACUGUUUGAUGUGCAUGAGUAUGACUUACCAUAUGGGGCCAGCACCACACCCUAGGAGCCUGUAUCCACAUGUGUAAUUCAUGUGAGUGCUCAGGAAUUUAGGCAAUGUAGGGAAGCCUAGACUGCCCUAAACAUUUAGUUAAUGUGUCCAUAUUAUGAAGCUCAUUGGUUUCUUAGUUUUGUGUGGAUUUCUCAACAUUUUGACUGAGUGUAAUUCUAACCCCAACCAACUGUCCAGAGUGUAUUGGAGAUGUUUGAAGCCUGUACGUGCAAAUUCCAAAUCGGUGUGUAUUGCUGUCUGUUUAUCCAUAUGUAAAUUAUUUUUGAUAGAAAAACCAAUUAUCAAGAAUGGGAUGCAUUGUCUAACCACGGAAGCUACCUCUUCAACUUUAGUGGCUACCAGCAGUGCUUUGUAAGAAGGUGUGUGUUCUUAUGCUAUUGAUAUUGUUAUUAUUGUUAUUUUGGUUUGAACUGUAGGCUUUGUUUGUAAAUACAUCUGGUUGUACAGUGUCACUGAAUUUUAAGUCACGCUUUUAGUUAAUGCCAAUUGUGGGAGGAAUGUAUAGUAUUUACUGUAUACUGUGAUUUUUAUAAACCAAACUAUAUAAACCCAGUUGCUUAAAAAAAAAAAAAACGAUGCUUUAUGUACAAGAUUUCAGACACCCACACUCUCACUCAUUCAUGUAAUUUAUUUGACACACAGAUGAGUUGGCCUGAUUUAGACCUUGUCAGGACUGUCAGUGUUUUUCUUUGCCUACAGUGUUAGGUUCUGUCUGACCAUAGUGGGACUCACCGGUGCUGUUGAAAUCUUCAGGGCUAGAAAUGGCCCAGAGGGCACCAGGGCACCUCUCUCAAUUGGCUCCUCUGGCCGAUGUAUGGAGAGUUUUGACUGCAUUAUGGGUAAAAAAAAAAAAAAGAACCCUGUUGAUGGUGUCCAUGUCACCUGAUUCACACUGGUUGGCCCUGUUCCUUUAACACAUCUAAACCUCACAAGGGGUGUAACGGCAUCAUGAUGGAUGCUUACUGGAAGUGGAAGCGUGGACAAGUGCACAGGAACUAUGGUCUUGAAUGUGACAUGUCAAAUCUGCACCCAGUUUGACUAUGUGUUUACGUUUAGUGAAUGUAUGCUAGUGAAUGAAGGUAGGUGGUUGGCAAUGGACCUCAGAAACCAACAGAAGCAGCCUUACCUCUCACACCCUGUUUGGCAAUGGACGUGGCUUGACCAAACAUUUAACCUCCCAGCGAUGCAGCCACAGGGGGAAUGGGACAUUCCAGCUAUUCCAACCCUCCUCACACCUCCCGCUGCGCCAAACACAUUAAGCACAUUGCUGUAUCCUCUUUGGCCUUAGUCAGGCUUUGUUAUGUUAAUACCUUGCAGCUUUUGUUAAUUCCCACUGGCAUUCGAGUGUCACAGCGUCAACUGUUUUUUGACCUCAUAGUGAUCAUGUUCUGUGGGUAGGGCAGCAUGAGGCAUACGAGUGCUGCUCCACCUGUGUACUCAUCUCAGAGUUAACCCCUGUCCACUGUCUGUUUCCCAUUUUAAACAAUGGUGGGGUUUUAUAAGGCCCCACUAGCAAACAGGUCACACCAGGGAUAGUGGUUUACUUCACUUGCAUUAUAACCAGUUUACAGCUGGGAAUAUGAGUAUGAUUGGGCACCCUAGAAACCUGGGAUAGACUUGCAUUUGAAUAAGUGAGAAAAAAAGGGGUGCCCACUGCCCGAUGACAAAGCUUUGCAUUUAUUUUUCAGACAUAAAACAAACUCAUUGCCACUAAUACUCAACCUUUUUCUACAAAGGAUGCCAGAGUGAAUCAAACAAUGCAGUCCUCUGCUACUCCUGAAAUUAUUACAUGAAAUAAAUAAAG